GCGAACAGUUUUGCCAUCGUUGCCAUUCUCAACGAUGACAGGCCCCUAUGUCGUUGAGUCGAGACCAUCACCAAGCGGUACUUCAGCAGCAACUCUAUCUCAGAAUGUUGCUUCUUCAUCUUCUGGUCCAGUGGCUGGAGCUACACCACAGCUGCCGCCUGUCUCGCCAGCGGGACAACAAUUGCCUUGGUACCCCAAGACCCCCAUGAAACCACCUCCAACCUCCUUAGGAGACAAGAAGGACGAGGCUCUCGACACGUGGUUGAGAACAGUGCCACUGUGGGUGAGGGCGAAUAGGACAUUGGUAGAGGAGGAGGUGAUAACUGCUGCAUCCUACUUAGAGGGUUCAACAGCUCGUUGGCUUAACGAAUUGGUUGCUUCAAAGGGAUUCGGCAGAAACAUGGGUGAUUGGGCUCAGACCUACACCCGAGAGAGCUUUAUGGACUUGGUAGAGGCGCGGUGGCACAACCCUCAGCAGGCGCAGAUAGCCACUGAUGGGUUACUGAAACUUGAUGCUAGGAAGCCGUUUGUUGUAACCACUGACGCAAGCCAGUACGACAUUUGCGCAGUGCUGGCUCAUCAAGAAGGGGAAAAGUUCAGACCGAUCGAGUACAUGAGCAAAAUGAUGCCAUCAAAGACGUUGGCAAAGUCCACCUACGAGAGGGAACUCUAUGCUUUCUACAAGGCACUUGUCCAUUGGAGGCGCUAUGCGUUAGGAAGGUACCUCGAAGACGAAGCUGGAGCUAUGGCGCUGCAGGACGCGGCACCUGCUUCGACGGCGGCGGACUCCCCCUCGAGGGAUGUACGUGGGAGUGGACCACAGGGGGAGAAAGGAACAGCGGUAGCAGGUGUUACGGAAGACAACCCUUCGGGGGCGGAAUGGGCGGGAGGAAUGCAGGGAGGGGAGGGUGAAAACCAGAAGGAGGUUGGAACAGCAGUAGAGGGCAGCAGCUUUGACGACGGGCGACGGCAGUCCCAGGCGAUGGCGACGGCAGGCAGCAGCUUCGACGACGGGCGACGGGCGAUGGCUGUCCCGGGCGAUGGCGACGACGGAUGUGCCGACGUCGCGGGCAUGAUGGUAUACGACCGGAGUGUCGGCGGAAGUGAAGAGACAUGGGCAUGUGUGGACCCAGAAGCUCAGCAGCAGGUUGUGCGUGCGGCCGCAUCAUUUGCGGAAACCGCAAAUGCUCAAUUUCCCAUUCUUCAGAAAGAUGGCACAUGGAGAGGCAUAAUGCAGGAGAGGGUUACUGAGACACUUGCUGCGCUUGCCUACCUUCUGGAGUCGACGUAUCACGACAUUCGAGCAAAAGCAGUUGCAGUCUGUGCGCAGCUGUUCGCCCCCUUCCUGUUAACCUCGUCGGUAUCCCAUCAACCGCUGUCAACCUCUCCUUUGUCUGAGCUAAUCUGGCAAUCGCAGGAGCUGAAGGCGGCUUGCGAGCGAAUGAUCAGGCCACUGUUGCGUCUUAUAGGAAACAGCGAGAGCAUUGUGGCAGCGAAUAGUGUACGUACGCUGCGAGCCAUUGUGGCGAGGAGUGGGCUCGGCGGGAGGAAAACCCGCGAUGCAGUUGGGAAGGGUGGGGGUGGGGUAUCCUUGCAGGGCCUCCAUGUCAGUGCUACUUCCACUGCUCCUAGGGUAGAGAUGGGGAGCGUUGGAAAAGGCGGUACCAACAUUGGGCGGUCCUUAGCGAACAAGAGCCCCCUCGGUGAGGCCUUGGCAAGCGUCCAAGGUUUCGACAUCAUUUACCGUCAGCUGGCGGGACGGGUCUCCAGCAAGAAAGCAGAGCGGACCGGGACUGAGCUGUGUAUCGAGUGUCUGAUUUUGCUGGCUGCAAUUGUCGGGAGGUUAGUCGACACAGAAUGGGCGGAAGAGGUCCGGGAAGGGACAGAUCGAAUCGUCCGGAGUUCACAUCGAAAUUGGGGAAAGCUUAUCGUUCUCCUGUGCCGGGACGAGGACACAGAUGUGGCUGUGGCGGCAAGGGUGGCCUGCGCUGAGUUAGCAUCCGCAUCGGAAAUUUUUGCAGAUUUUUUGCUUGAGAGGCAGGAGGGUUUGCUAGCCACCUUGCUGAGGGGCCUCGAAUCCCCGAUGCUCGUUGCGAAGGAGCGAACUCUGCACUUAAUCACCUCCUUAGCGGGCAGACCGAUAUUCAGCACGACUGUGGGAGAGGAGACUGCAAUCUGCAAGCUGUCGCGUGGAUGUGUCAGCGCGCUUUCGCAUUCUACUACUACGUCUUCCAAACCCGCUGGCACUUCCACCGCAUUUGCAGACAGACUGCUCCUUGCGCUCAAGCCACGUGAUCCUCGGCCAUGCUCCGAGAGUCUGAUGCGCGAGGCCCUUCGAUCUAUCUGUGCACUUCUGCGAUGGCGCUGGCUCUUCCGUGCAAGCCUUCUCUCCGCAGGGCUUGUUAACGUACUGCAGGGCAUAAUCCGACAAGGUGGGGGUGUUCAUUCCACCGGCAGCUCCGGCGACACAGCAUCGACAGUCAACGAGGAGGGGGGUGGAGGAUCGCGUCGGCGAGUCGGAGGAGGACACGCAACAUCAAGGUGCCAGCAUUCACAGGUCUGGCCACAGCUAUGGCGAACGGUGGCCUGGCUCGGACUCUCGGCUGAGGGAGGUGGUCCCGCAGGUAAAGGCUUACGCCAAGACACCAGGGUGAAUGAGAGAAAAGCCGCAGAAAGCCAGGAGCUGGAACUCGGCGCACUACCUGACCUUCUCUGGUGAGUGGAAAACCAGUUCCCCCUUCGCACCUCAAUCGUCAACACUCUUUGCACCUAUCUCAAGGAAAAAAAGGUGAGGGGGAUGAGGGAGAGAGGGGAGGCAGGAGAGAGGGGAGGCAGGAGAGAGGGGAGGAGGGAGAGAGUGGAGGGGGAGGAGGGAGAGAGCGGAGGGGGAGGAGGGAGAGUGGAGGUGAGGAGGGGGAGGGCAGGAGGGAGAGAGGGGAGGAGCAGAGAGGGGAGGAGGGGAGGRGGGRGAGAGGGGAGGGAGAGGGGAUAAGAGGGAGAGAGGGGAGGAGGGAGGAGAAAGAAACAUGCUGCUGACAAACAUCUCAUGAGUCAUGAAACAUGGAAAGAAAAACACAGUUUUUGCAACUUUCAAACAAACAGUGCUGAGCGGA